AUGCAUCUACACGUGGUGUCGGUGGAGCACUCCGUGGCGAAUCCCGAGCCCGCGCUCGGCGACUCGCAGAUGAGCCCGUUGUUUCAUCGCGUGUCGGCCCGCUGCCCGCUGCUGCAUUUAUUCGGCUACGUCCACACAAGGCGGGAGGGCGGAGGUGGACCGGAGGCUCUCCAGCAGCGCAGCGUCUGCGCACACGUCCACGGCGUGUACCCAUACUUCAUGGUGCUGCGGCAUGACCCCGGGGUCUCGGCGAUGCAGUUCGGCGCGCAGCUGGAGGCGGUGGCGAUACGGCUCCUGAAGCCCUCCGCCCCAACGGCAGCGCCGCCGCCGCAGCUGCUGCACCACGUGGAGGUAGUGCGGCGUCUGCCCUUUUACGGCUACCAUGCGAGGCACAAGACAUUCUUCAAGGUCAGCGUGAUUGACCCCCAGCUGGUGGGCAGUCUUCUGCGGCUGCUCCGCCAGACGACGGAGGUGGGAGGGCGGCGGUGGCAGACGUACGACGCACACACCCCCUACCACUUCCAGUUUAUGGUGGAUUACGGCAUGAAGGGGAUGGCACCGUUUUGCAUCCCCAGCUGCACCGCGCGCACGCCCGUGCCGAAGGACGUACAACCCACGCAGCUGCAGACAAACCUGCGCGUCACUGCGGUGAUGCCGAGAGGAGAGCCAUUGCGCCUCACACGCGCCGAGUUGGAGAUUGAUGUGAAGGCGUCUGUCCUGCGGCGGCGGGAGUGUCCUGCGGAGACGGGGGAGAACCUUCUCUCUGUGCGGCGCAGCAUGCGAGAGUACUUUGCCGAGCACGGCGUCGACGACGCCCUGCGAUGCGGGGCGGGGCUUGACAUUGCAGAUCGCAGCUGCACCGCGAGUGAUGUGCAGAAUAGUGACUCCGCCGUGCGAGUGAUGCGCCAACGGGCGCUGAUGCACCUGCGUGCCAGGGCCAACACGGCCAAGGCGGAGUCCCCCUCUCACAUUUCCUCAACCCCGCGGGAUGGGGUAGAAACCCACACGGCUUUUUCCCCGUCCGCCGGGAAAUUAAGCGGCCACCUUACGUUGCAGCUCAUGGAGGAGAUGCACGGGGAGAGUGCGGAAGCGGCAUGCCUUGCGCUGUCGGUUUCAACCUCGUCUUUGGCUUCUUCUUCUUCUGCUGCUUCCUCCGCCUUCUUGGUUUCGGUGCCGUCCGUGGGGGAGGCGGGGCGAGACGCGGGGGAGCGCUCGUCGCACUCCAGCGAGGGGGGCGAUCGUAUGCGGGCAGCUCCUGUAGCCGCUGACGCCUCACUCGUGGUUGGGGAUUCCGUCGCCGUGGUUGGCGUGCCCGUCGACGGCGGCGCCUCGCCCGCGCCAUCGGUGGCCAAAAUAACCGCGAUGGACGCGCAGACGGUGCGGCUGCGGUGGUACAUGACGCUGCGCGAGACGCACCUCGCCGACGCGCAGGAGGCGCUUGAAAGGAGUGGGCGGUGGCUGGCGCGGCGGGCGCCUGACGCCGGCAGUGCGGCUGCGGCGGAGGAGGAGCUGCUACUGGGAGAUGUGGAGGAUGACAACCCCAUUGAUGUCUUGAAGCAGGCCGUGCGCGUUGCGGUGUACCACGAGUAUAGUGCCUGCAAGAGCCCCGCGCUGCUCUGCCGCUACAAUUAUCACGUCUCGGAGCAGCGCCUUUCGGAGAUUUCACCGGCACGGAGCGGGGAGCCCGUGGCCCUCCCGGCGGCACUUGCUGCGCCUCCUGCCACCGGCGCGGUGGGGGCGGGCGUCGUGGAGGAGGAUGCGGAGCUCUUGACGUCACCGCCGUCGUCCUCGUCGUCGCUGUUUUCGUCACCGUCGUCGUGUGGCGCGGCGGCGGAGAGGCGUGAAUUCGCGCCGCCGCUCUCCCUCUCACGUCCGUCGACGCACGGCGGAAAUUGCACGCCGGCUCCGCUGCGACGCUCCGUUUCAAGCGUUGCGCAGCAGGCGGCCCAGUCGCAGUUGUCGCUGCUCCUCAGCUGCGUGGGCUCCUCCCCGCCCGCGACGGCCAUCGUCCACGCCGUGGCCUCUCCGCCGGUUGCCUCUGAGGCCGGUGGCAACGUGGAGCCGCCCUCCGCGUCGCUGGAGUGUGUCAGCCCCCGUCAAGUCGCCCUCCUGCAGGAGUGCAGGGAGGCGUCUUUCUGCUUACGCCCGUGCCACUUCAUGGGCGACAUCGCUCGCAAUUUUCGAUGGACGUAUGACCAGCAGCAUCAUAGUAUUGCUGUGUCGGCCGCCAGCUGGCCUCUCGCCACACCUUCCAGUACUGCUAGCAGUAGCCACGCUCCUGCUGCGGCGUCAACACGGGGAGGAAUGCCCAGAGCAACCGUGGGAGCGCUUCCAGCACGGCCGUCGGUGCCGCUGCUCUCGCAUGUGGCGCCAUCGCCGUGGGUGUCGCCCAGCCAUCAACGUGCGUCGGCCGCCAAAGCCCCCAAGUGGCAGCCACACCCAUCAUCCAACGCCUCACGCUCGCUAGGGCGGGGCACGUAUACGACCUGCGAGCUUCGUGUCAUGUGUGUGGAGGUGCUCGUGCACCGCCAGCCUGGCACGCAGAAUGUAGUGCAGGAUGAGCUUUUGGCUGUGGCGCUUGGACGCACCAACUCUUCCGCCGAGUUCAUCGGUGUGCGGAUCUUUUGUGUGUGCCCAGCGACGAUGGCCAUGAAUUGUCUACAGCAGCCUUUUAGUGGCGUCGUCGACGUGGUUCCGCUCCCCUCGGAGUUGCACCUGCUGCAGCGCGUGCGGCGGGAGCUGUGCUCCUACGACCCCGACAUUCUUCUCUCAUGGGAGGGGUGCAAGUACGGCGUGGGCCUGCUGGCGUUACGCUACCGCCUCGUGCUGCGGCGUUCCCUCGCGCGCGACGUCGCCCGGCUCGCAAUCCACGGCGUGGGCGAUGCCACGGGCGAGGCGGGUGACGAGCGGGAUGCAGUGGGCGAUGCCGCGAGUGCCGACGAUGAGUUGUGGUUGAGUUCCUCCUCCUCCUCCUCGUCGUCGUCAGCGGGAGACGGCGAGGGCGUCGCUGCGCCGGAGACCGCCGGGGCAUCGGCGGCGGCCGCCUCACAGCUCGGCACGGCCGACAUGAUCCGGCGUCUCUCAAGGCGCUUUGGCGGCGGCGUGCGUGUUGCGGGGCGCGUUGUGGUUGACCUCGGCAGGCAGCUGCGCAAGGAGCUGCGGCUUCCCUCGCACACCUUGCAGAUGGUGCAUCAAAAGCUUUUUCGCCGCAGCCUGCCGUACUUCACGGACGUCGCCCUGGCAGAAAUGUACACCGGCAGGAGUGCCGAUAUGCGGCGUGUGGCGCUUUCUGUUCUUCUCACACGCGUUGUGACUCCGCACCGGGUUGCGCGGCAUCUGGACUUUUACACCCGCACUAUGGAGUUCGCGCGGAUGUACGGCAUCCUCUUUUACGAGGUGCUCACACGCGGGAGCCAGUACCGCGUCGAGGCGACGCUGCACCGCAUGGCACGACCCCUCGGCUACGCGAUGCUGUCGCCCUCGCCUGAGGAGGUGCACCGUCAGCCGCGCCUUGUGAGCAUGCCGCUGAUUAUGCAGCCACGCAGUGGCUUCUACAAGGACGACCCCGUCGUUGUGCUGGACUUCCGAAGCCUGUAUCCCAGCAUUGUGAUUGCGUACAACCUGUGCUACUCGACCUGCCUUGGAAGGGUGUCCAAGUGCCGCCGCGGCCGCUUGGGGGUGUUGGCGUCGUACAGGCAAGCCGACCCUCUCCUACUGCGGCUCCUCGCGGAGGAUGACGCGUUACUCGCCGCACACCGGGUGACAGUUGCGCCAAAUGGUUGCAUGUUUUUGUCCCCAGAGAUACGCAGAGGGGUGCUCCCGCAAAUGCUGCAGGCCCUGCUUGACACACGGCUUCAGGUGCUGGCGGCUCUGAGGCAUGUGGCGCAGCCGUGCGAGGACAAGCACAUGCAGCGCGUCCUGCAACAGCAGCAGACGGCCAUUAAACUGCUCGCUAACACGACUUACGGGUACACGGCGGCCUCCUUUACGGGGCGAAUGCCGUGCGUGGAUGUCGCCGAUGCCACAGUCAUGCUUGCACGCCAGACACUGGAGCGGGCAAUGCGACUUAUCAACGGCCACCCGAGCUGGAACGCGGAGGUGGUGUACGGAGACACCGACUCGCUCUUUGUGCGGUUGCCUGGCAGAACAAAGGAGGAGGCCUUUCUGCUUGGUGAGCAGAUGGCGAGGGAGGUGAGUCGCAUCAACCCCGCACCGAUUCAGCUGCAGUUUGAGAAGGUGCUUUUUCCCUGUCUCUUGCUUGUGAAGAAGCGCUACGCGGGUUACGCAUACUUCAAGCCGGAUCAAAAGCAGCCCGAGUUCCUUGCGAGGGGUAUUGAGACCGUGCGCAGGGAUCAAUGCCCUGCCACCUCCCGUCUGGCGGAACGCAUGCUUCAGCUCCUUUUUGCCGGUGCCUCUACCGACGUGCUGCGUACGCGAUUCUACGAGGAGGUGGGCAAACUGCAGCGUGGGGGGUGCAAUCCGGCCGACUGCAUCUUUAGAAAGGCGGUGAAGCUGGGGCGGUACCGUGACGAGGCGCACCUGCCACCCGGGGCGCAUCUUGCCAUGCAGUUGAUAGAGAAGGACAUCACACGCACGCCGUACUGGGGCGAACGCAUGCCGUACAUUGUGGUUCAGCCACAGGCGUCUCUGCGAUUGCGUGAUCAGGUGGUGCACCCGCAGCGUCUGCUGAGUUUGAGGGAAAGCCUGCGCGUUGACCACGAGUACUACAUCAAGCGCCACAUCAUUCCCACGCUGGAUCGUAUGUUUUACCUCAUUGGCGUGAGCUUUGCGCGCUGGUACGCGCUUAUGCCAAGACGGCGCUCAUGUCAGAGCUACUUUGGGCUUGGCGUGGCAACACUCCCGCGUUCGGGCAAAAAAACACCACGGACCCCGCGUGAGCAUCCCAUCGUGGUGGGGGACGACACGGACGCUGACACAGACCACGGCGGUGCCUCGUUGCCACUGGCCGCUCUGGCGUGCCGCCCCAGGCAGAGGACCCUGGACGCGCAUUGCCAUCGGACGCUGUGCGCCGUGUGUCUCGAGGCGUGCUCGGAGACGCGUCCGCCAGACCCACCUGUCUGUGGUGGUUGCUUGCGUAAUCGCAGGGCAUCGGCUGUGCGCGUGGUGGGGCGCCGGCGCAGGGUUGAGCAAGAGUUGCGAUUACUGGAGACCGCGUGUCGACGCUGCAUUGCAUCCUGCGGGGAGGCGGGCGGAGCAAACUUCUUGGCGGGGGAAGAGCGAGACAUGGAGGACAUGCAUUUUGCCAUUCCCCACCAGCUCGCUGCCGCUGCUUCUACGGCCUUGCACGGAGAUGGGUCGAGGGGUUGUCUUUCCAUUGACUGCUACUUGUCCUUCGAGAAGAGUCAGGUGUUCCUCCUCUACUCGCAGCUGAUGGCGUUGGAGAAUUACUUGGCAAGGUUGUGUGUCACCGCGUGA